AGCUUCCUCGGAUCCUCGGCAAGUCUUUGUACUCUUUCUCUUUCUCCUUGUUUUGGUUUUUUUUGGUCCUUUUUCUCGCUAUCGUUUUUAUACCACUUCUUCUACUACUGCUUACUGCUACUACUUCUUCUAUACUUGCUCCGUUUACCCUUUGCAGUACCCUCUCUUUCUCUCUGUCUUUGGAAGUUAUUAGAUGGUUGUCAUCCCUCCACCACUCGAGAUCCACCAUGGAAACGAUUAUUCGUUGCUAGCCAGCCUCCCAUCAAUCAUCCUCACGCACCUGAGUCUGGAGCAUCUUAUACCCGCGUUUAACGGUGCACAGGUCGAUAUAUUUCGACUACUGAUGAUGAAAGAUCCCAGCGAUUUUGCAAAUGUCGGCAUAUACAAUCCAGAUGAAUGCCGCCGGCUUAGUCAGUGUGUGCGCUCCAUACAAGCUCACAUGAGCUAUAAGGGGCUCACUGUCAUUGCAGCGCCUGCAACAGCAACAACAGAUGCAUUACCAUCGCCUAGCAGCCCAUCCUCCAUCUAUAACGAUACCAACAGCUCAUCUUUGAUUACCACCGAGCAAGAACAAAAGAACAUUCUCCGUGCCAUCGAAGCUUUCGAUCGCUAUGCAAUGCCCAGCUUUUAUUCCACCUCUUCGGCAUGGAGCCGGACAUCCUCAUCGCCUCCGACUCCGCCGCCUCUUUCAAAAUUGGCAGAUAGCAAGGGAAAAGUUUCAGUUCGAUCGUCGUUUUUAUCCACAUUCAGUGACAGCACCAUUACGGCUGCACUGGAGGAAGAAGACGAGGAAGAGCAAGACAGCAAUACCACUACUGCGAGCAGUUACCACAGCAAUCUAAAUGAUCUAGACCAUCCGCCGCCUUACUACAACCACUCUCCAUCAUCCACAUCAUCAGCAUCCAACAACGCAUCAACAUUGUCACCCUCAUCAACAUCAACAACCAAUGCAACGCCCAAACAACAAACAGUAACAGCAGUAACAUCGCGCGAAGGACGGCCCGGAUUGGUUGUACCACGCCAGCCACGAAAUUUAAUAUCCCGGGUCCCUCGACCCCUGUCUAUGCCCGCGUACCUGGUUAAUCGUUCUUCAGUAGGAGCGGCCGUACCAUCAUCCGAGGACAAUGCUACUACUACUACUACCCCUAAUAGGCCAGCAAGUCCAGCAUCUACACUUGUUCCACAACCGCCACAACAACGACGAUCAUUAAUUGUGUUAUCGUCACCGCCGCCCGAUUACCUUGACACAGCACUCAUGAAGCGAUGGGAAAAGUGCAAGUCGUGCAUUAUCCCACGCGAAGAAGAAGGUCGAGAAGAGUUACCGCCGUAUAAAUGCACGGUGUAUAAGAUGGGUCACGUGUACAUUAAACGCGAGCAAGAUGCGCCGGGCAUCCGAACACGAUGGCGAUCGUGGAGAAAGCUGUAUGUAGAAGUGUGGGGGACAAUCCUGCGGAUCUAUCGAGCACCACCCCAUGGUGACAACCAUAGCCAUGGCAACCGGUAUCGGCUGUUGGGUAGGCAACCCUUGCUGGCAACCCGGUUACCGCUUUCCCAAUGGAACCGCUACUACUACUCGCCGCUGGCGACGAUUUCUCUUGCAGGGGCCGAGGCAGGACGUGCGUGGGACUACACCAAACGGCCGUUUGUUCUAAGACUGACAACAGCACAUGGUCCUCAAAUGCUCCUCCGCUUAUCGUCACACGUAGAGAUGAUAUCAUGGAUCGAACAUUUGCAAGCAGCGAUCAACAUCUCACUUGACUUGGAGCAAAGACCUAUGCCCAAGUUUAUGACAUUACCGUCGCGUGCAGCGCUCACAGGAUCGACACUGAGCGCACGCGCUUUAGAGGUUGAACGUGCUCGUGAACAACGACGGCGGGGCCAGCGUGAAAUGCUCAUCUAGUACACACACCCUUUUACUGUAUAUUUUCUCCUACAAAACACAAUUGCACCAUUUUCUACUAUGCACCAAAAAGAAAAAGAAAAAAAAGAAAAGCGAUAUGAUCCCAUGAACAAUAAAAUUUUGAUACUGUCCAAUGCCGGUUGGAUCGACCGACUGUCUCUCUCUCUCUCUCUCUCUCUAUAAUCAAUUGCUACUUAUGUAUGGGACGACGCGCGUGUUACAAUGAUCCAGCAG